AUGAAUAAACAGUCAUUUCUGGAUCAAAUGAUCGUGUUUUUUACUGAUUUAUCGAAGGCCAGGCCUAGUGCCAGUAAUCGACAUAAUGCAUUACUAGAUAGUCGUUAUCAACAAUACAACAAUGAUUUCCUUCAUAAUCAACAGCACCAGUUUAUGCAACGUCAAUACAAUGAUUAUUAUAAUCACCAGCAGUAUUAUCAUCAACCCCAAGUCGAUUAUACAAAUCAGGGUAGAUCGAGCCUUCUCCCACUAUCUGCUGGUCUAUCUAAUCGUACUCAGGCAGCUAAAAUACCUGCGCUAACUACCAUACAAUCUUCGGUACGAACAAUGAAUCAUGGUUUGAUAAACCAGCCGUUUAAUGAUCAACAUCUAGCACGUUUUACUCAACAAAAUUCUAGUCCUAAUGCACCUAAUAGUGCUUCGACGCCAAAAAGACAAAUUGAAAAUGAACAAUACAAGACUAGUGACUUAAUCCAUGAAAAUCUUAUUCAACAUGGUGUCAGAAUUAAUCCUUUUUCCGUUGCUGUAUCCACCGGAAAAUAUGAAUUAAAAUUAGAUGUUAAUAAUAAAGAAGAUUAUUCUACCUUAAUAUUAACGGAUAAAUGGCCAAUUCAUGUUAGUAAUAAAAGAAUUACAGUUCUUAAAUCUAAAUUUGUACCUGAGUGCUUUACAUUAGUUAUUCGGCAUGUACCAAACACUUUUAAUCUGGAGCAAGUUAAAGAAGGAAUAAAACGUUCUAUAAAAUCUGUUGAUCACUUUAAAGAAAUCAUUUAUUCCUACGAACGGCUCACAAGAGAUUACCGUUUUACAGUAACCGAUCUGAGAAAAUAUAACUUGGCAUCACAGCCUGGUCGUAUUGCAGUGGGUAACCGAUUACAACCUAUCACAACAUACAAAGCAGCAAACAAAAUGACAUAUUGCACUAAAUGUUGGGGUUUGGACCAUUUGAGAGAUAUAUGUACAAUACUAACUCAAAGAUGUCGAAUAUGUUUAGAUCCAAGAUGCGAUGUUAUUCGUCGUUAUCGUACGGAUUUAAAUAAAGCUGUUAAUAUGGCUAUUAGUGAAGGUAAAUUACACCGUCGGGAAAUACCACAGCAACAGUUUCAAUCGACAACAUUUCGUUAUAACGGUAAUGAUUUCCCGCAAGUGAUUGAAACUAACAUAAAAGAUGCUCAUUUGAAUAAAAUAGUGAUACAAUCAACUCUGUCAACGAUAUCCAAAAGGAUGAAUAAAGUGAUUAAACCCCUCAUUAAUUUAAUACAAGAGGAACCAGAGAAAGAACGACUUUUAAUGGCUCUGGACGAUUAUUGUAAUGACUUACUAAAACAGCAUAUGAGUGUUACAGAAGAUUUUAUCAGUAUAGAUAGUCGAAUAUUAAUAAAUCAGCAGCAAUCAACGCCUAUCAUAACCACAGUAAAUAACCCCAAUGAUAAUAUUAACAAUGAAGUUGAUGGCGACAGUCAGUUGUUAGACUAUAGGAAAGGUGAAACAGUAGAUUUUGGUACUAGUGAUCAUUGGCCUAUUGCUUAUUCAACAGACGCUAUUAGUUUUCAAGCUCUUGUUGGUUUUCCGCAUGUAAACUGGAAGGAUUAUAAAACAUUAUUAUAUCUAUUACAAGAUUUUUGGUUAGAGCGACAAAAAAGAAGUGUCAUCAGGCGAAUGUUUAAGCCACCGGCUCUGGAUCCAACAGAUCCGCAUGAUAUCGAAAUAGAAAACGAGUAUUUGGAAAUUAUCAAUAAAUUAUCUGUAAAUUGUAACGGAGUUUUACCUACUAGUACAAAUGAAAUAAGUAAACUCAUGAAAAAGUUAAAACCAAAAAAAUCAUCGGGAUUAGACUCAGUCUCAAACUUUAUGAUCAAGCUUCUCCCACCUGCGUACAUUGAAGGUCCAAAUUCGUGUUUUAAUACUUGUUUAAGAGAAUAUAGAUACCCAAACGGUUGGAAAAUAGCCAAGCUCGUUAUAUUAAAUAAAUUAAAAGCACGAAUACCUACAUGUGAUCAGACUCGGCCGAUAUCUCUGUUAGCUACACAUUCAAAAAUUUUUGAGAAGAUCAUGUUAGAAAGAGUGAAAAAUUGGGCAGAUGCAAAUCACAUUAUUCCGGACGAACUGUUUACUGCCUACUCGAUAUUUCAAGGAGUCGAGAAUAAUUUCACUGCUGAUAUUCCCACGUUAGCUAUAUACGUGGAUUAUCAAAAAGUCUAUGACAAUGUAUGGCAUAUGGCUGUUAUUGUAAAACUAUUUCGGUUAGGAAUGCCAUUAGGGCUGUUAAAAAUUAUUUAUUCUUGGUUAAGCGAUAGAAAAGCGUACGUUACCUUAGGCGAAAAGAGAUCUAAAGUUGUUUAUUUAUACAUAGGAUUGUCACAGGGCAGUAGUUUAAGCCCGUUUCUAUUCAUUGUUUUUCAUAGCGAUCUGAUCUCUUGUAUAGGCGCACAUUCAAGACAUGUUUUUGCCGAUGAUCUGAAUGUCUUAAUAACUCCACCGAUAGAUACGAAAUUAAAACCAAUGUUAGAAUAUUUAGAAAAAGAAGGAACAAAAGUGUGUAAUGAGUUAGCGCGCUAUUCCAAACGUUGGGAACAGCCAAUAAAUGUUGCAAAAACAACAAUACAACUUUUUCAUACAGAAGUCACACUACAUCACAUAAAUAUUUUCAUGGAUAAUAAACUAUUAGAAUAA